CAACAGUCCCUGAGAUCAGGAAGUCUCUCCACAGAUAAACUGUCUCCUGCUCAGUGGUCAGCUCUGGUCUUCAUCUUACUGUCAUCAGAAGAACAUCUGGACGUGUUUGACCUGAAGAAAUACUCUGCUUCAGAGGAGGCUCUUCUGAGGCUGCUGCCAGUGGUCAAAGCCUCCAACAAAGCUUUGUUGAGCAGCUGUAACCUCUCAGAGAGAAGCUGUGAAGCUCUGUCCUCAGUUCUCAGCUCUCAGUCCUCUAAUCUGAGAGAUCUGGACCUGAGUAACAACAACCUGCAGGAUUCAGGAGUGAAGCUGCUUUCUGCUGGACUGAAGAGUCCACACUGUGAACUGGAAACUCUCAGUCUGUCAGGUUGUCUCGUCACAAAAGAAGGUUGUGGUUCUCUGGUCUCAGCUCUGAGCUCCAAUCCGUCCCAUCUGAGAGAGCUGGACCUGAGCUACAAUCAUGCAGGAGACUCAGGAGUGAAGCUGCUUUCCACUGCGGCAGCAGAUCUAAAGUGGAGGCAGGACAGUGUCAGGGUGGACCAUGGUGGAGAGCAGUGGUUAAAACCUGGCCUGAGGAAGUACUUCUGUGAACUUGAACUGGACACGAACACAGUGAACAGAUUUCUCCAACUGUCGGACAACAACAGGAGGGUGUCGUAUGUGAAGGAGGAGCAGCCGUAUCCUGAUCAUCCAGACAGGUUUGACUGCAGGGUUCAGCUGCUGUGUGGAAAUGGUCUGACUGGUCGCUGUUACUGGGAGGUCGAGUGGAGAGGAGGGGUUUAUAUAUCGAUGACGUACAGAGGAAUCAGAAGGAAAGGAAACAACGAUAACUGCAUGUUUGGCUGGAAUGAUCAGUCCUGGAGUCUGAACUGCUCUGAUGAUGAUGGUUUCUCUCUCUGGUACAACAACAUAAGAACAUCCAUCUCCUCCUCCUUUUCCCCCUCCUCUGUCUCUAAGAAAGUAGCAGUGUAUGUGGACCAUCCUGCUGGCAUUCUGUCCUUCUACAAACUGUCCUCUGACUCUCUGAUCCACCUCCACACCUUCAACACCACAUUCACUGAACCUCUGUAUCCUGGAUUUGGGUUCAGGUCUGGGUUUUCAGGGUGGUCAGGUUCCUCAGUGUCUCUGUGUUCUCUGUAGGAAGGAGACUGGAAGUGACAGCAGCUUCAACUCUGUUGUUCAGAUGUUGGUAGUGGAGGAUAUUUCACUUUAGUUUACCUUUUAAUCACUGAUUGUGAUUCAAGAGUAGCUUUCACAGCUAUUUGGUAGGGAACGAUUCUGGACCACUUGGAGCAGACACCGAACAAAAACUUAAGUUCAUAUGAAACACUUCCUUCUUGCAUUUGAUAACAAACUAGAUCAAUGUUUAGAGACAAAAGACAAUUCAAUAGACAGUUUGAAACAACAGGAGAUGGCUUGUUCCUCUUAAACAAACAAUAGGAGCCUCCAUAGAACUCUUCAGUGUUCUCCACUGUGACCUGCACCUCACCUCCUAACCCUCUCCUCCCAACACAGAGAUGUGUACACUGGAAUGAACUGCACAGUUAAAUACGAAGUGUGUCAGAAAAGUUCCAGGACUGGUGUCACAAAAGAUAUAUUUCAAACCCAAACUACAAACUACCAGUUUUCUCCUU